ACACUGCAACAACCAAAUCUGUUCUUUGUACAAAAAAAAAUACAAAUAAAUAAUGUUUUUUUAAAAAAAAUUGCAGUAGCCAUUAGCCAUUAGCAGCUUGACUAGUGGUCAUUUGGAUCCAGAUCUCCUAAACUUUUCCUGUAUAAACAAAUCAUGGGGUCUCCCCCUCUACAAUCCCAAGGCUUUGCUUAGUUAGCAGCAGCAGACGCCACCGCCGCCACAUCACCAACACAUCCACCGCAUUGCCACCCUCGCCUCGCCGUCGCCGUCCACCUCGCCGUGGCGCGCGCCGCCAAUGCCGCCGCCGCCGCCCGUCGCAGCAGCAGCAGCAGCAGCGAGGCACGCGCUUCUGCUCGCGUCCGUCGCCGUCGCCGUCGCGCUGCUGCUGGUGUCGCCGUGCCACGGCGUGAGCGAGCAGGGGCAGGCGCUGCUCCGAUGGAAGGCGUCGCUGCGGCCGUCGGGCGGCGCGCUGGACUCGUGGCGGGCGUCGGACGCGACGCCGUGCCGGUGGCUCGGCGUGUCGUGCGACGCGCGCACGGGCGACGUCGUGGGGGUCACCGUCACGUCGGUCGACCUGCAGGGCCCGCUCCCGGCGGCGAGCCUGCUGCCGCUGGCGAGAUCGCUGAGGACGCUGGUGCUCUCGGGCACCAACCUCACCGGCGAGAUCCCACCGGAGCUCGGCGAAUACGGCGAGCUCGCCACGCUUGACGUCAGCAAGAACCAGCUCACCGGCGCGAUCCCGCCCGAGCUCUGCCGGCUGUCCAAGCUCGAGUCGCUGUCCCUCAACUCCAACUCGCUCCGCGGCGCCAUCCCCGACGACAUCGGCAACCUCACCGCGCUCGCCUACCUGACGCUCUACGACAACGAGCUGAGCGGCGCGAUCCCGGCGAGCAUCGGCAACCUGAAGCGGCUGCAGGUGCUCCGCGCCGGCGGGAACCAGGGGCUGAAGGGCCCGCUCCCGCCGGAGAUCGGCGGCUGCGCCAACCUCACCAUGCUCGGCCUCGCCGAGACCGGCAUGUCCGGCAGCUUGCCGGACACGAUCGGGCAGCUCAGCCGCAUCCAGACCAUCGCCAUCUACACCACCCUCCUCUCAGGCCGCAUCCCGGCCUCCAUCGGCAACUGCACCGAGCUCACCAGCCUCUACCUCUACCAGAACUCCCUCUCCGGCCCCAUCCCGCCGCAGCUCGGCCGCCUCGCCAAGCUCCAGACGCUGCUCCUAUGGCAGAACCAGCUCGUCGGCGCCAUCCCACCGGAGCUCGGCCGGUGCAGGCAGCUCACCCUCAUCGACCUCUCGCUCAACUCCCUCACCGGCAGCAUCCCGGCCACCCUCGGCGACCUCCCCAAUCUCCAGCAGCUCCAGCUCAGCACGAACCAGCUCACCGGCGCCAUCCCGCCGGAGCUCUCCAACUGCACGUCGCUCACCGACGUCGAGGUCGACAACAACCAGCUCACCGGCGCGAUCGCCGUCGACUUCCCGCGGCUGCGCAACCUCACCUUGUUCUACGCGUGGAGGAAUCGUCUCACCGGCGGCGUUCCGGCGAGCCUCGCCGAGUGCCCGAGCCUCCAGGCCGUCGACCUCUCGUACAACAACCUCACCGGCGUGAUCCCGAAGCAGCUGUUCGCCCUGCAGAACUUGACGAAGCUGCUGCUGAUCAGCAACGAGCUGUCCGGGCCCAUCCCGCCGGAGAUCGGCGGCUGCGGCAACCUCUACCGUCUCCGGCUCAGCGUCAACCGCCUCUCCGGCACGAUCCCGGCGGAGAUCGGCGGCCUGAAGAGCCUCAACUUCCUCGACAUCAGCGACAACCACCUCGUCGGCGCCGUGCCAUCGGCGAUCUCCGGGUGCAGCAGCCUCGAGUUCCUUGACCUCCACUCCAAUGCUCUCUCCGGCUCGCUGCCGGAGACGCUGCCGCGUAGCCUCCAGCUCAUCGACGUCUCCGACAACCAGCUCGCCGGCGCGUUGAGCUCCAGCAUCGGGUUGAUGCCGGAGUUGACGAAGCUUUACUUGGGGAAGAACCGGCUCGCCGGCGGGAUACCGCCGGAGAUCGGUUCUUGCCAGAAGCUCCAGUUGCUUGACCUCGGCGACAAUGCGUUCUCCGGCGUCAUCCCGCCGGAGAUCGGGACGCUCCCGUCGUUGGAGAUUUCGCUUAACCUCAGCUGCAACCGGCUCUCCGGCGAGAUACCGUCGCAGUUCGCCGGACUUGAAAAGCUCGGCAGCCUCGACCUGUCGCACAACGAGCUCUCUGGUGGCCUCGACUCGCUGGCGGCGCUGCAGAAUCUCGUCACGCUGAACAUCUCCUACAAUGCCUUCUCCGGCGAGCUCCCGGACACCCCGUUCUUCCAGAGGCUUCCCCUCAGCGACCUCGCCGGCAACCGCCACCUCAUCGUCGGGGACGGCUCCGACGAGUCCUCCCGGCGCGGGGCCAUCUCGUCGCUGAAGGUGGCCAUGUCCAUCCUCGCCGCGGUCAGCGCGGCGCUCCUGGUCGCCGCCACGUACCUGCUCGCCCGCAUGCGCCGUGGCGGCGGCGCCGGUGGCGGCGGCAGGGUCGUCCACGGCGAGGGCGCGUGGGAGGUGACGCUGUACCAGAAGCUCGACAUCUCCAUGGACGACGUGCUGCGCGGGCUGACGUCGGCGAACGUGAUCGGGACCGGGAGCUCCGGUGUGGUGUACAAGGUGGACACCCCCAACGGCUACACCUUCGCCGUCAAGAAGAUGUGGUCGACGGACGAGACGACCACCGCCGCGUUCCGGAGCGAGAUCGCCGCGCUGGGCUCCAUCCGCCACCGCAACAUCGUGCGCCUCCUCGGCUGGGCGGCGAACGGCGGCGCCAGGCUGCUGUUCUACGGCUACCUCCCCAACGGCAACCUGAGCGGCCUCCUCCACGGCGGCGGCGCCGCCGCCGGCAAGGGCGGCGCGCCCGCCUCCGACUCCGAGUGGGGCGCGCGCUACGACGUCGCGCUCGGCGUCGCCCACGCCGUGGCGUACCUCCACCACGACUGCGUCCCGGCCAUCCUCCACGGCGACAUCAAGGCCAUGAACGUGCUCCUCGGCGCCGCCUACGAGCCGUACCUCGCCGACUUCGGCCUCGCCCGCGUCCUCUCCAAGCUCGACUCCGCCAUGCCGGCGCCGCCGCGCAUCGCCGGAUCGUACGGCUACAUGGCACCAGAGUACGCGUCGAUGCAGCGGAUCACGGAGAAGAGCGACGUGUACAGCUUCGGCGUGGUGAUGCUGGAGAUGCUGACGGGGCGGCACCCGCUGGACCCCACGCUGCCAGGCGGGGCCCACCUGGUGCAGUGGGUGCGGGACCACCUGCAGGCGAAGCGCGACGCGGCGGAGCUCCUCGACGCGCGGCUCAGGGGCGCCGCCGGCGCCGGCGCCGGCGCCGACGCCGACGUGCACGAGAUGCGGCAGGCGAUGUCCGUGGCCGCGCUCUGCGUGGCGCGCCGCGCCGACGACCGCCCCGCCAUGAAGGACGUCGUCGCGCUGCUCAAGGAGAUCCGGCGCCCCGCGCCGUCCGCCGCCGGCGACGACGCCAAGCCACCGCAGCCCACGCAGCCGCCGUCAUUGCCCACCACCGUCACCGCGACGCCGGCAUCGCCGGUGUCGAGCUGCUCCUUCGCCGCCGUCACCGACUACUCCGUCUGAAAUUUUUGAAAAGCUUAGUAAAAACUAGCGAGCAGUAAUUAGUUAAUUACCCUCCCAUAAUCUGUUGAUUAGCCAAGAAAUCAUCAGCAGCAGCAACUCUGUACUUAGGUGUAAUUUUUCCCCACUGUACAUUAAUCCAAGAAAUGCCAUUAGCAGCAGUAAAAUAACUCUGGGCAUUCUGAUUGCUGAA